AAACUACCAAACUAGGUACCAAAACGUCAAAGUGCAACUUCUUCAGCCUUACGCUCUACGUCAAACAUUGUCCAUUAAACAUCAACGCAGCGUCAACGUCAACGUCAACAGCUGACAUCACCGACAUUUCUUAGGCGCAUCUAAAAUUUAGAUACUUCAUCCUGGCAAAAGGCAAAUAGCUGUCUCGUUAAUUUUGCAUCCACGACAACCUCGUCCGCAUUCACGUUCACGUUCACGUUCACUAUGGAGCCUCGCGCCCGUGCUGGUAAAAACGUGGGCAAGGAAACCUUCAAUGCGAAGGAAAUUCGCGCCCUACUCUACGCCUACGGAGACGUGCAGGACCCGCUCCCGGACACGGUGCGGGUGCUCGACGAGAUCGUGACCGAGUUCCUCGAGGGCGUCUGCUUCGAGGCGAGUCGCCACGCCCAGGUAGCGGGCCGCCAGAAGCUGAAGUUCGACGAUUUCGAGUUCGCGCUCCGCCGCAACCCGCAGUACCUCGGCCGCGUAAAGAGCAUGAUAGAGAAGCGCCAGAAGAUCAAGGAGAUGCGCCGCACCUUCGACCAGGAAGACGACGCCUUGGCUAAGGAGCACGGUAAGGAUAAUGCUACUGCUGGCGGUGGUGGUGGCGGCGAUGACGAUUUACUCGGUCUCGACGACGAAGAUGAGGAUCUGGAACUUAUGAAUACGGCCACUUCGUUCAAGGGCGGGAGCAAGAAGAGGAAGAGAACGCCGAAAUGAGAGGUUUAUCAUUUGGGGAUAUGGGUUUUUAUUGGUGAAAUCACGCGGUUUCUCGUUACGAGUGGCGAUUACGACGAAUUCGUGUUUAAUACAGGCAUAGCAACGGCGUUUAGGGCGGGACACGGAAAUACCAGGUUGCAUUUAGAGUCACGAUGGUCUCGAUCAAGCUCCUAUGCUGGGAACUAAUACAUCAGGUACAUAGGUAUAUUAAGUAUGCAUACCUCCUACUUUGCCAUUCAU